AUGGCUUUCCCGCAGCAAAACAGCCAAGUCGACUAUCGGGCACAUGAUCAGUAUCUAUCAUCUGGAACUUAUGUUCUAGGCCAGGAAGGAGGAGAGUCAAUAGACCUGCACCCUGGAACAUAUUCAUAUAAUUUUCAAGUGGCCUUAUCUCCUCAAUUGCCAAGUUCGCUUGAAGGAAAGUACGGACAUAUUUGCUACCAAGUUGUGGUAACGAUCGAUCGACCUUGGCGCUUUAACGAUGUAUUCAAAAAACCUUUUACUGUUUUGUACUCGUUGGAUUUAAACCAAAAUUUCACUUAUAAGGCACCAAUAUAUUUAGAGGUUGAAACAAUAUUUUGCUGCAUGUGUCGUCUAUCAGGCUUGUUAGCAGCAAAACUGAGUGUGCCUUUUUGAGGAUACGCUCCCGGCCAGAAGGUUCCCUUUGUCUUCA